AUGGAAGGGAAAAAGCGUCCAAAAUUAGAGACCAAUGCCCUUCUCCAGCUUAAAAGCGUAAUAUUCUACUCAGAUGACCACUGUUGUAGCCGAUACAGGCGACUUCAACCAGAUCAAGCAAUUCUCUCCUCAAGACGCUACUACAAAUCCCACCUUAAUUUUAGCUGCAGCUCAAAAGCCUGAAUAUGAACAUCUCCUUCACGAUGCUAUUUUAUUCGCAAGAAAUAAAGGAUCACAAGGAGAUGAUCUAUCCCUACAUUUAUGAAUUUUCCCUUACUCCCCCCCCCCCUUCGUGAGCGAACAAAAAAAUUUUGUUCGCUCACGGAGGGGGGUUAAUUUUUUUUUUUUAAAAACAAUUUAUAUAUAAAUUUUAUAAAAAAAUAUUUUUUUUCGAAAUUUAAAAAAAAUCCUAAUUUGCAAAAAUUGGGAAGCAAAUAUUAAUUUAAUUUGCAAAAUUUAUGUUUUAAAACGCAAUUUUGUUUAAAAUUAAACAGAAUUAGCUCUAGAUUUCAUUAUACUAAUUAUCACUUAUAUAUCAAAAUUUUUUUCCAUUAAAAUUUUUUCUAUUAAAAAAAUUUUUGUUCACUCACGGAGGGUGGGGUUUUUGGUCAAAAAAUGGCGAUUUUUCUAAUGGUUUUGUUCGCUCACGGAGGGGGGGGGGGGGAGUUAAUAUAAUAAUUUUAUUACCAAUUUAAUAUAUUAAAUUACAUAAGACAUAGAAUAAUUAAGGACGUGUGUGACAAACUUGCAGUGAAUUUUGGUAUGGAAAUCUUGAAAAUCGUCCCUGGCUAUGUAUCUACAGAAGUUGAUGCAAGACUGAGCUUUGACAGAGAAGGAACUAUUGAAAGAGCCAGAAAAAUAAUAAAGCUUUAUGAAGAUGCUGGCUACGGUAAAGAUAGAAUUUUAAUAAAGAUUGCAAGCACAUGGGAAGGAAUCAAAGCAGCAGAAGCAUUAGAAAGUGAAGGAAUCCAUUGCAACCUGACUUUAUUAUUCGGCUUUUACCAAGCCGUUGCCUGCGCUGAGGCUAAUGUCACUUUAAUUUCACCAUUUGUAGGAAGAAUUUUGGACUGGCAUAAGAAAAACAGUGGAAGAGACUUCACUGGCCAUGAAGACCCAGGCGUGCAGUCAGUAACAAGGAUUUACAACUAUUUCAAAAAGCAUGGGCACAAAACCAUCAUUAUGGGUGCCAGCUUUAGAAACACUGGAGAAAUCAUUGAGCUUGCUGGAUGUGACAGACUUACUAUUGCUCCUCAGCUGCUUAAAGAGCUAGAAGAGAUGGACGACCCAAGCUUUACCCUUCAAAAAAGGCUUUCUACAGAGGAUGCUGCCGAUAUGACAAUUCCAAAGGUGGAAAAUCUUGAUGAAAAUAAAUUCAGAUGGGAGCUAAAUGAAGACCAAAUGGCGACUGAAAAGCUGUCUGAUGGAAUUAGAAGAUUUGCAGCUGAUUUGAGGAGUUUGGAAGAAUUCGUGAAUAAAAAGCUGCAAGAGUAUCCUAUAGAGCAGCAUCAUGGAAAGACUGAGCAUGGACAUCAAGAUCAUCAUGGGCACCAUGGGCAUCACCAUAAGUAA